AGGAAGGUACCGCUUCACCAGAACCAGCGCCAUUAGAGGUCGUUCAGGCAGCAGCACCGCUCGGUCGGGUCGGGUCGGGUCGGUUCGGGUCCAGUAGAGCGGGUUCCUCACGCGAUCUCCGCGGACCCGCCCAGGAAGUGGCAGCAAGUAGCGAGCGAAGACGCGACGGCGGCGUUAGCUUCGACAAGUCGUCCAGAAAGUUGACAAAGUCCUUCAGAACCGUCCGAACUUCAACUCAGUGGGACUUUGUAGACGUGUGGUCCCAUGGGCGAGCUGUGCCCGUAGGAGCGGCUCGUGGACCGCGGCGGUUCGCUUGGUCAGACCGACAUGGAGCUGAAUGGCGGGUGUUGACGUUUGCGCCACCGAACGUUCGACGCUAACUGGGAUCCGACUCUAGAGGCUCCGGGCUCCGCUAACUCCUCUUGUCUUUGUCUUUGCUGCCUCCGGAACCUGCGACCAUGACGCCGGACCUCCUCAACUUCAAAAAGGGAUGGAUGUCCAAGCUGGACGACAGCGGGGAGUGGAAGAAGCACUGGUUUGUCCUGACUGACGCUGGACUGAAGUACUACAGAGACUCCACAGCAGAGGAGAAAGACGACAUGGACGGAGAGAUCGACCUGAAAUCCUGUGUGAAGGUGUCGGAGUUUGAUGUGGAGAAGAACUAUGGGUUUCAAAUCCAGACGCGCGAGGCCGUGUUCACGCUCUCGGCCAUGACGGCCGGCAUCAGGCGCAACUGGAUCGAGGUUUUGAAGAAGUGUGUCCGGCCGAGCAGCUCUCCGGACCUCACACAGUUACCAGACGGCAGCAGUGACAAGGAAAACUCCCACGGACGCUUUGUGUCGUCCUCUCGUCACCUGUCGACGUCGCGCCACAGCGACGCUCAGACUGAAGCUCCCACGUCUGCGGCCUCCACUCAGCUCCGCUUCGACUACGUGGAACUGUCCCCGGUUCCCCUGUCCUCCUCGCUGCCACCCAGCCAGAGGGAGGCGGGCGAAGGGCAGGGCAGGGAGCACGGCCAGUGGCAGGAGGAGAACACCAGCAGCCAGUGGGAGGCCGUGCUGCUGAAGAGGGGCUCCGGCGUGGGCUCCAACCAGCGGCUGCGGAUGGAGGAGCAGAUCGAGAAGAAGUGGGCCGAGUUCGAACGCCUGCCGCUCAAGGACAUGAGCUCUUUAUCCCAAGUGGGGCCGCGGCCGUCCAGCCAGUCAGCCAGCGAGGCGCUGCAGAGGGAGGUGGCGUCGCUAAGGCAACAACUGGAGCAACUACGACAAGCGGGAGGGAGGAAUGGGGGAGGCGUGGCGGGCGGCUGUGGGCCAGAGGCCUCCUGUGGCCGCAGCCUGGCAGCCAUGGAGCGGGCUCAUGGGCACGCGCUGGAGGAGCUGCAGAAGCAGCACGAGCGCCAGCUGAAGGAGCUGGAGGCGGAGAAGGCCAGGCUGCUGCUGGAGGAGGCCCAGGACACGGCGCGAGUGAUGGAGGCUUUAAAGAAGAAACACAAAGAGGAGCUGGAGAGAGAGGUGGAGAAAGUGAAGAGGCUGAGCAGUGGGAUGCUCGACUCCCAGACGCUGCACGUUCACCAGCAGGCAGAAGCUCAGGCGCUGCAGAGGGAGCUGGCUGGACUGUCGGAGCGCUACUCUCAGAAGUGUCUGGAGCUGAACCGGGUCGAGCAGAACAGCGCCGAGAGAGAACGAGAAAUCAGCCGCAAGGAGAGAGAGAUGGAGCAGCUGCAGAAGGACAAUCAGGAGCUAAAGGCUCGCAUGAAGGAGGAGAUCAGUCGGAUGAGGUCUACUGUCUUGGAUCAGAGCUCAGGGGACGACAAAGGCAGGACGCUGUGUGAACUGGAGGUUCUUCUGAGGGUGAAAGAGAAUGAGAUUGUGUAUUUAUACAAGGAGAUCAGCUGCCUACGGAAUGAAGUGCAGUUCCUCAACACGGAGAAACGAUUGGCCUGUGAGCAGCAUGCAGAGGUGCGCGAUGAGCUAAAUGCAUUAAAGGGCCGGAGCGAGCGCGAGCUCCAGAGUCUCAAGGAGCACCUGAGGCUGGCCAUGGCGGCUCUGCAGGAGGGGCAGAAGCUGGGCAACAGCCUGGACCACUGAGAGCCUGCUGCUGGUACUGAAGCCCUGACAGACAGGUCGUCUGCAGGAGGAGCCGGAUGUUCUGCUGUGGGGAUGUGAUUGUGCCUUAGUUUUCAGUCGUUCUGCCAGUAGCAGCUUAAAGUAGCUCAUAUCUGGUUUCAUUACACUGGGCCACAGGUGAUGUAUAAAAGUGCACUUUUAUUAUUACUUUAGCUUUCUCUUUUGUGCACGUUUGGUCUCAAAACUGGAAUAUUUGUGCGGAGAUGUUGCAUUUUUAUGAACUGGUCUUUUGUAUAAAGCUUUUUAAGGCCUCAGUGCGUCUGUGUUGUCGGCCCGAGACGCUCAGCUCGGUGACAGAAGAGCCGCUGUCUUCCGCUAUUCAUGAUGUACAGUUUCAUGUUUACUCGUUGAAAACAAACGUUUCUUUAGAAAUGGGAGCUUAUCAUGUGCUGUAAUUAUUUUUUUUUACGUUUCGUUGUGAUAUUAAACAAAUUGGGACAAAGCAGCAGACGCUUCAAAACCCGGCAGGCUGAAUAGGAAGUUGACCUUUGACCCGCCAGGUUCUCUGCAGAAGCUGCUGGAUGAACGUUGCCCUACGUCACAGAUGUGUCUUUAUCUUGAAACCACGGCUGAGAAGCUGGAAUUCUCCAUUUCCAGUCUUCAUUGUUGGCAUUUUUUGUGCCGCCACCACCACAAAUGACAGGUGUUGCAUCGAUGAGCCAAUUUUGUAUUGACAGUAUGUAUUGUGAUUACAUGACUUAUCUACCUGCCUUUUGAAAACAUUUUCAUAUUUAAUAUACUGAAGAACCUGUAUCAUCUUUGUAAAUUAUACACAUUUUGCAAUCAAUAAAAACAGUUCAGAAAAACACUGUACAAAAA